UGUUCUUAAAAAAAUUAUUUAUCAAAAUUUGAAUUAUGAAAAAAUUUUAUUCAAAUUAAAUAACAAAAAGUUUAAAUAACGGCAAUUAAUUAAAUUAAUUGGGUCAAGUUUAAAGAGAGCGUUUAAAUUAAAUUAAAUAGUUUGAGAUAAUAAUAGUUUUGGUGAUGUGGUGAGUGCACUUGAAAGAUGCUAUUAUUUUUCUUGUACUGCGUCUAGUGAUUUUUAUAUAUACUGAAUAAUAAUACCUAUAAUUAUAAUAGCAAAUUACAAUAAAGACUGGAUAAAAAUAGUAAAAAUAAAGUAAGAGUGAGCUAGCAGUACUGAUGGUUAAUUUAUGCUGGAUAAAAUGUUUUCUUGUCCACUGUGUGCUCGGCCUAGUUUUGAAUCAUUGGAUUCACUGCGAAUAGGACUUGUCAGUGUAGCAACACGACCACUGCAGUGUCCUGUUUGCAGUGAAACACUUUUAGGCAUUGAUAAAUUGACAAUUCAUUUAUUCGGUCAUACGAUAAAUACACCUGAGGGAACUACAAAAUUAAUUCACGAUAAUCAAACUAAAGCAAUAACAAAUACAGACUUUCUCUAUGAUAAUUCAGUAGAUAAAAAUCAAAAUCAAAAUGUUAAUUAUCAGGGAGAUUGUGGAUUGAAAAUUAACUUGGAACAAUCGACCCGUACAGAAAAUUCUUUAGAAAAAAUAGUUAAUUCAUGUGUAAUUCAAUCUAAAGACGUUGCUAUAGUGUCUAUAAAUAGUUUACACCAGCAUGAGCCACGUCAACUACCAUCAGCUUGGUCGAACGAUUUAUCGCUACACGGUGUACAAAAUCCAACAUCUACUAUAAAAUCGUCUAAUAUCGUAGACGUUAAUAGUUGUAAAAAUAUCUCGCAGAUUCAAACAGAAGCUAAAUUUUUAAAUGAUAAAAUUGGAUCGAAAUUAACUUUACACAUUCCUGAAAGCUCUACGCCAGUUAUGAUUAAUAAUAUAAAUAAUGUUAGUAAUUAUAAUGCUAGUACUAACAGUAAUAGCAAUAGUAGUAAUAAUGAGGUAAAUAUUUUACCACAAUUAAAAACAUUAAAAAAUAAUUUAAUGGCUAAAGAGAAAACUGAACGGUGUAAUAUAUGCGGCUUUCACUUUCCCGAUUACAAUAUUUUAAUGUUACAUAAGCAAAUAGUUCAUAUGAUUGACGAAAAAGAUAUUGAUAUAAAACCAGAAGCGUUGUUGAAAAAUUAUCCUUGUCAUUUGUGUCAUAAAAUUUUUAAGAUGCGUGGGAGUUUGAUGGUUCAUAUGAGAGUCGCUCAUACUGGUAUUAAUUUAGGUUCAUUGUCAAAAGAUAAAGAUUCAAGUCAAGGUUGCUGUGAAAACGGGUUCAAUUGUCCAACUUGCGGGAAAAAUUUUCGCAAGGAGCAACAUGUAACCCAACAUUUAAAAACUCAUGAAGCAAAGCAAUGGGAGUGUGAUGUAUGCUGUAAAAUGUUUACUACAAAAUACUUCCUGAAGAAACAUAAAAGAUUGCAUUCUGGAGAAAUGCCAUACAAGUGUCAUAUAUGCAACAAGACAUUUACAUUUCAACAGUCUUAUCAUAAACACAGAUUGUAUCACAAAGAUGAUAAACCACACACGUGCACCACUUGUGGCCGGUCCUUCAAAGAGCUUUCGACGUUGCACAAUCAUGAGAGAAUUCAUACGGGUGAAAAACCUUUCGCAUGCGAAACUUGUGGAAAAUGCUUCAGGCAACGUGUGUCGUACUUAGUGCACAGGAGGAUCCACACUGGAGUGAUGCCUUACUCUUGCACUUCUUGUGGAAGGAGCUUUCGAUACAAAGUGAGUCAAAGAACUCAUAAGUGUCCAGUUCAGACAGCAGAAGCCAAAGAAUCGUUAUCAGAUCACUCCGAAAAUUCCUCAGGUGGAAAUGAAAUCAUCACUGAAAUAGAUAACAAUAAAAAUCUCGGAAUCUCAGAAGUAAAUCAAGAGAAUAAAUUUGUCCUUGUAGUUGACAAUGGUCAGCCGAUUUUAAAACGCGAGCAGGAAAUAAAUUCAACUUUAUCUCAAGAGUGCAGCUCACUGUUGCAAGAAUCACUCCAAAUAAAUGAUCCCGAUGAUUUUUAUCCAUUUGUCGGUAUUUCGCCAGACCUAAGACCCGAUUUGUCCUCACCAUCUACAGAGAUGAAGCAAUUAAGACUUUCAUCACCUACUAAUGAAGAUAAUUAUCAGAAUCGGAAACUUGACGAGCCUUUUCAAGAAGCUCCAGACCUUCAUAAAGACAUAAAACAUGCCAUCGACGGUAUCCUGCAAGAAAGACGGGAAAUAAAUGCCCUAGAGACGAUAAACGAUGAAUCAUUCAAAGAAUUGUUGUAUGAAAUAGACAAAAAAAUUUGACUCAUUGAAUUUAUUUUUUGUAAGAUUUCUAAACUGUCAUAACACGACAAAACAAAAUUUUUUAUUAUCGUCUCAACUGUAAUAAAUUAUUUUGCUUAUAAAUUUUCAGCCUCACCUUGAAUAGACAGAAUUAAUAAAAGUUUAAUUUAAAAA